AUGGCGCUUCUCAAACUCUCCCGCUGGUCUGCCGUUAUCGAAGACUCCAACCACGCCAUCUCCCUACUCGCGGAAAAUAUGAAGGCGUACUAUUACCUUGCACAAGCACAAAUCGCGUUACAUGAUUCUGAAUUUGCGUUGGAUAGCGCGAAAAAGGCACAUGAGUUGUGCGUUAAAGAAGUCUUGAUUGGUGGUAAAGGAGCUGGUAGUCUAAAUGUUAUUACAGAGUUGGUCCUGAAGUGUAAGAAAGAGAACUGGGAACGCAAAGAGAAGGAGAGGCUCAUGGCCAGGGGAGGGCUUCUCGCUGAUCUAGUGGGGUUAUUGGAGAGGGAGAGGGAUCAGAAGCAGGAGGUCGUGCAUGGGGAUACGUCUCAGGAGUUAAUUCGAGAAAUAAGUAAUGAAUAUGCGGAGAAGAUUGAGGAGCUGCGACAUACUUUCGAGGCGGCCAACGGUGCGCAUGAUGAGGGAAGGAGGAGAAAGGUUCCGGACUGGGUUGUAGAUGACAUUACGUUCUCCGUUAUGGUGGAUCCUGUGGUGACCAAAACAGGACAAUCCUACGACCGAUCCUCGAUCAUGGAACAUCUCAGACGCAGCCCCACUGAUCCCUUGACCCGCGAGCCUCUCCGAGCUGAAGACCUGAGACCUAACUUAGCUCUGAGAGCAGCUUGUGAUGAGUUCUUACAGGAGAAUGGCUGGGCUGUGGAUUGGUAA